AAUAUUCAUCAUGUAUCUCAAAGUGUUUUUAAUAUUGAAGGACUUAAUUGUCUAUUUUGAAAUAAAGUGAUUCAAUAAACUAAAAUUAAUUACUUAAUUGAUGUAAACGUAAAUUAAUAACUAAAGUGAAAAACUUAACUAUCCAAUAAUUGUUUACCAUAAAAGAGGAUGUGACUUUAAUGAAUAGUUGUAAUUGUAAACUGAAGGAAUUAUUUAGGCUUAGUGGCUUACCAUGAAAAAGCAGUAACCAUGGCUUACCAUUAGUAAAACUUAAAUGUGCUAUCAUCUGCCAUCGAACCAACGAGCAAGGGGUCAAAAUAAAAGUGGUCUUUCGCUGCACUAAAUGAUUUUUUUGAUUAUAUCUUGCACGUCUUUAUAUUUAACAAAAAUGUUUAGUUUAUACGUAAUACCCCAAACCCCCCCCCCCCCCCCCCCCCCCCCCCCCCCCCCCCCCCCCGAGGGCUACUGUAGCUCCGCCUCUGAUCAACAUGGAUUUUAUUAUUGGUCUACCUCUGUCAGGUGGGAAGACAGUCUUGUUCGUGGUGGUGGAUCGUCUCACUAAGUACGCUCACUUCAUGGCUCUUGCACACCCGUACAUGACAAAGUUGGUUGGUAAAUAGUUCGUUACGGGGGUUAUUCAACAUCAUGGCUUCCCGCAGACUAUAGUGAGUGACAGGGAUGCAAUAUUUCUAAGCCAUUGCUGGAAGGAGGUCUUUGCUAUGGCACAGACGGAAUUAUGUAUGAGUUCAGCUUACCACCCACAGACCGAGGUCAUUAAUCUUCAUUUAGAGUAGUAUUUGAGGUGUUUCGCCCAUCAGCAGCUGAAAGGCUGGUUGGCCAUGCUACCCUAGGCGGAAUUGUGGUACAACACGAUGUACCAUAGAGCUAUACGGAUGUCAUAGUUCGAAGCUCUUUAUGGUCGGUCAUCGCCGGUGUUGGUUUGCUACAGAUGGGGUUCGAGCACUGUGGAUGCAGUGGAUAAAUGGUUGGCUUCUCAGGACGAAGCUUUGGCGCAAGUGAAGAAUUAUUUGGCAGUGGCUAAUAAACGGAUGAAGCAACUGGCGGACGCAGGACGGAGGGAAGAGGAGUUCGCAGUGGGUGAUCUGGUGCUUCUACGACUGCAUCUGUACCGACAGUCUGUUGUGUUUAGGCGAGCUUACCAGAAACUAGCAGCCAAGUACUUUGGGUCGUAUGAGGUACUGGAGCGAGUGGGGCCAGUGGCAUACAGACUGCAUCUACCAGAGACUUCAAGCAUCCAUCCUACUUUCCACGUCGUGCUGUUGCAGAGGUACCCGAAAGUACACGUCCUGGGGAGGUGCCAGUUCCACCGGUUACGGCAAAGGGAGACUUGUUGCUCGAGCCCUUGGAGGUCAUGGAUACUCGUUGGGUGCAAUGCAGUCAAAAGCGCGAUUCUACCUAGAAAUGGAAAAGGGGCAAAAUCGUAAAGCGUAAAAGCGUAAGUUUUUGACGCAUGCUCUAAAAUAACUAAAAAACUGUUAAGUACGACAUAUACUAUGUAAAAUAUGAGUGCACAGAAUUUAGAAAAGUUAAUAAGCACCCGCAAUUCAUACCUAAAGUAGAGAAGCUAAUAGCCUCUUAAUAAUAAGUUCAUAAACAUAAAUCUUAACAAUAAGCCACCUUUCUCUCUAUGCUAAUGAAUUUGGGAAGAUCCUAGAUGUAGCUGGUGAAUUAGAUUACUCUAUUGAAGCUGAGAAUGCGCCCAAGUACCUGUUAUGUAUCUUAAUAUCUUUUAAUCUCAAAUGUAUCAUAUUGUUGGUAUUUACCAUUAAAAUAUACUUUUUAUAAUUAAUGUCAUGAAAAUAAUACCCAUUUAGUGAAUUAGAAGCGUAAAAGCGUAAAGCGUUUUUGGUGAACUAGAAGCGUAAAAGCGUAAGCUUUUAAGCUUUAAAACGCAAUUUAGUCUGAUUUUGUACACUAAAGUUUUUAUAUGGAAACGAAAGCGUUUUGGUGACCUAGAAGCGUAAAACCGUAAGUUUUUAAGUUUUAAAUCCCGAUUUUAACUGCAUUGGUUGGGUGCACAAAGGCGGCAGGUUAAAGGAGGAGAGCUUGAUUCGAUGGAGACAUGUGGAGCCGCAGGAUGCUACGUGGGAAGAUACAAAGACUAUCAUACGGAUUUUUCCUACAUUCGAACUCGAGGGCAAGGUCGAUUUCGCAGAGGAUGGGAAUGAUAGAAACACGACCCAGCAGAUGGGGGUGGUCGGACGGGUCACGGACCCGGUUUAUUGUUUGCGGGUUAUUAUUUGUUUGAAACACUAUUUAAGGAUUGUUUGGUAUUAUUUAGGAAUUAAGAAAGAACAAUUACAUAAAACCUAUUCUCCUAUCUUCCUUCUCUCUCUACUGCUCUUCCUCUCCAAUCCCUAAUCUCUUCUUCAAAUCAAUCUUCCAGCUCAAUUCUUCCUCAACUCUCAUACUCUUUCACCCCAAAUCCCUACUUCUAUAUUGUAUCUAUCACACAUAUAUAGUGAUUUAUUAUGUAAAUAUUAAUAUGGAUGACCAUUACAUUAUAUGUAUAUUGGGUGUUAUCUGUAACCCCUCAACCCAUUCCAAUUACCCAUUCAUUCUCACAUUCAUGUAUAUUGAUUGUAAGAAUGUAGAAGUUAUGUGAUGUGUGCCUAUAAAUAGAGGAUCUUCUGGUACUAAGGAACACAUGAAUAAGAAAGCUAUAUUCCCCUCUCUUGUGUCUAUCCCUCUUCAUACUAUCUCAUAGUUGUUUAUCUUUCCCUUUAAUUCAUAACAUGUUAUCAGCACGAGACUCUUCUUUUUGAAAAUGUUAAAUCCAUAGUUGUUCUGCUCAAGGCAUGUUGUUUCUUCCAAAUGGUUUCUUUUAUUGUUCUAAUUCUAUUUAUAUACCAUUUCCUUUAUUAAUCACACAUGAAUUCUUUGUUUGAGAAUGCAAAGGUAUAAUCUCCUUAAUUUUUUUUAGCAAGUCAUAGUUAUAUAUACUUCGUAGUAAUAUAAAAAUAUUAGUAUAUUUUGCCUUUAUAAUUUGUUUCUUUAGAAAUUCAAAUUUAUUUAUAUAUUUGUAAAAAAUUUGAUUUGAUAUAUUAUGGGUCACAGAAGUCAUUUGUCUUGAUAACAAUCUGUAUUUAUUUAUUUAUUACUUUAAUUUGUGUAUAUUUCUAUGAUAGUAUGUCGAAUCUUUCAAAGCUUGAGUUUGUGGCUCUUGAUGUCACUAGAAAGAAUUACCUAUCAUGGGUGAUAGAUGCUGAAAUUCAUUUAGCUGCCAACGAUCUUGGAGACAUGACUAAAGAGGGUAAUAAUUAAUAAAGCAUCGGAUCCAGAUAAAGCUAAAACAAUGAU